AUGCUUAGGCAAGUACGAAAGAUGCACGUUAAGGCAAUCAAGAUGAGAUGGUUGACCGGAGGUGUCAAUUACAGCUAUCUGCUUUCCAGUCAGGACAAAGCGCACUCGUGGCUAAUAGACCCUGCGGAAGCGGUGGAGGUGCUCCCGGAGCUGGACGAAGAAGAAAUGAAGUGCAUCGAAGCCAUUGUGAACACACAUCAUCAUUACGACCACUCUGGGGGUAAUGUGGCUAUCGCCGCGGCGCUCAAAAAGAAGGGUAUCUCUCCAGCCGUGAUUUGCGGCAGCCGCGUGUCGCCCGGUGCCACUGAGAUCCCUGACCACUUGCAAGAGUACCAAUUGGGCAAUCUCAAAAUCAAGUGCAUCCGCACGCCCUGCCACACACAGGACUCGGUGUGCUAUUUUGCAAAGGACGCCGACACGGGCGAGCAGUGCAUAUUCACCGGUGACACGCUUUUCACAGCAGGCUGCGGCAGGUUUUUCGAAGGCACAGGCGAGGAGAUGGACCAGGCACUCAACAGACGGAUUCUGGACGGCGUAAGCGAGCCCAAUUGGGAUACUACCAAGGUUUACCCUGGCCACGAGUACACCAAGAGCAACGUGGACUUUGUGCGCCGCGCUAUCUAUCAAAACCCGGGCGACAACGCCGCACUGGACAAGCUGGAGCUAUUCUGUCGCAAGAACGAGGUCUCCACGGGCCAUUUUACGUUAAAAGAUGAGCUAGAGUACAACCCAUUCAUGCGCCUCGACGACCCCAGCGUACGCGAUGCGGUAGGCGACACGGCCGGCUCUAUGACGCGCGCACAUGUCAUGGACAAGCUGCGCAAAAUGAAGAACUCUAUGUAG